AGCGAGCCAAGCCAAUGUGUAGGUCUGCAUAUCUCUUAUCGUAUUUACUCGUUGGCCUAUGAAUAGGUAUGUAUAUCCUGAUUUAUUUUCCUAUGUUAAAUUAUUACGUUGGUCUCUUUCGACGGCGUUGUUAUCCUAAUAAACCUUCGUGGCCAAGAAAGCCGUUUCUUGGUUCCAUGUUUGGUCAAUUAUCCCUUAAUUUUUAAUAUCGAUUAAUACCGUCCGCCACGAUGUCUUGGAGUAUGCUGUUUUGGGGCGCCUUACUAUCCCUCGGUACACUCGCGACGGCUGAUCCGACUUGGCCCUCCCCCAAUGACGAGCUCGAAGAAAUCAUGUACCAAGUCAAGGGCUAUAGGGCCAGAGAUUUUGGUGGAACCGUCAUUCCUUGUUCAAACGAAGCUUCUGGGCCUGGUCGACAAAAUGCUGCAGAAUGGUUACGGGCAGCUUUCCAUGAUAUGGCCACUUCCACGUAUUUAGGUGGUGUGCGUGCUGGCGGGUUGGAUGGCUCUUUACAGUACGAGUUGACAAGUUCGGACAACCUUGGCCCGGGCUUCAACACGACUCUGAAGUUUAUGGCAGACUACUACACAAGUCGAUCAGGUGUAGCGGAUCUCAUAGCUUUGGGUGUAUAUUAUGCCGUUAGAUCUUGUGGCGGCCCCGUGGUACCUGUUACUGGUGGCCGGGUUGAUGCUCUAGCCGGCGGUCCAAUAGGGGUUCCAUUACCCCAGAACACUGCCUUCACUUUCGAACAACAGUUUCUUCGAAUGGGAUUUGACAAGACUGAGAUGAUUCAAGUUACUGCUUGUGGUCAUUCCAUUGGUGGUGUUCACGAGAACGAAUUCCCUGAGAUAGUCCCUGUUGGGUCUACGUCAAACGGGGAAGUUCCCCUGGAUUCGACCGUUGCAGUCUUUGACAAUAAAGUCGUUACCGAAUAUAUCGCCGGCAAUACGACUAAUCCUAUGGUGGUUGGCCCGUCGAUUAAGGCUACUAGAAACUCGGAUUUCAAAGUCUUCAACUAUGAUGGGAAUGUAACAAUCAACGCGAUGGCGGGCGCCACAGAUUUCAAUACUAUAUGUGCUACUGUUCUUCAAAAGUUGAUUGAUACAGUGCCUGACGGCGUUGUUCUAUCGGACCCUAUUCAACCAUAUUCCGUCAAGCCAGUCGACAUGCAAUUGUCACUUAACUCUGGUGCAUCAACAAUGCAAUUGAAUGGAUUCAUUCGCGUCCGAACAACUGAUUUAGCAGGAGAUAGUGUCUCUAGCCUGACCUUAAACUACAAAGAUCGAAGCGGCGGCAACAACUGCGGGAACACGAAUUGCGCAUAUACGACAACUCUCUUGGGGGCGACUCAAGGAUUUGAUGACCAAUUUGUUUGGUUCCCUAUAGAUACCGCCAUCUCAACUUCUACGGGUAUUUCGUCUUUCACCUUGAGCCUUACAAUGGCUAGUGGAACGACUAAAACCUUUGACAACAAUGGGAAUUCGUACCCUAUUCAAGAUGCAAUCUUGAUUCAAAAGCCUCAGAGUUGCCUCCUUUCCGGCACUCUUACCGUCACAGCAGCUGUUCGCAACGACCGAAAAUCUCUUCCCGUUAACACGUUCAUUUCGUAUAAGACCCCGACAGGGAAUCCUAAUCGCCCAGUUCCCACACUUAAAAACGCUACGGUAACUAUGGCAGAAGGGAAUUGUGUAGGUGCUUAUACCUUUUAUACGGCAAACUACACUGGUCUUGGCGAUCUUGCGUAUGCGUCCAAGAUCGAUGUCAUCAGUGGGAGUGGUACUUCGGCACUUGCAGACGACUUUAAUGCUGCAAGUGGCUUAGGAGGCACUUGUCAGGCUUUCCAAAACCCACCACCAUCGUCCGCGUGCACUACAGGACAAAUCUCGACAUCCUCUGGAACGUCAACCACCUCAUCCUCGGGAACUUCUUCAUCGACUAUUUCAAUUAGCACCGCGUCGACUUCUUCAUCUACACUCUCAAGUUCUUCAUCUACCACAGUGAGUAGCACAAGCACUUCUUCUACGGCACCAACGGAGACGUUGCAUCACAGGCAAACUAUUGGAGAGUAUUUGCUUGUAGGAUGCCAGAAAGAAUCAACCGUAGGGGGAACUCGAGCUCUAGGAAGCGCUGCAUUCGCUUAUGAUAGCAUGACUUUAGAAGAUUGUAUGAACAACUGUACUGGAUACGUUUAUUGGGGGACAGAGUAUGGUCGUGAAUGCUACUGCGGCGAUUCGCUUCAUUCCACAAGCGAAGAAGCGCCCGUGACCGAUUGCAACAUGGUCUGUGGCGGAGAUUCUACCGAAUACUGCGGAGAUAGCAAUAGGUUAGAACUGUACAGUACUACAGCCAGCCAACCGACUCCAACUGCCACAUUAGCGCCUAAACCAACUGUAUCAUCGUACACCCGGGUCGGCUGCUAUACCGAGCUUCCAAACGGCCGAGCCUUAACCGGCGCGGCUUACGCGGACGAUGCUAUGACCCUAGAAAUGUGUGCAUCGAACUGUGCCGGUUUCACAUACUGGGGGGCCGAGUACGGACGUGAAUGCUACUGUGGCAAUACGUUAGAUAGUGGCAGCACGGUUGCCCCUGAUGCCGAUUGUCAAGCGAUGGUAUGCAGUGGGAAUCGCUACGAGUACUGCGGAGCUUCGCUUAGGCUUGAGCUUUACCAACUAGUUGCUGUCUCUUCGGCGUCUACCCCAACGGUCACGGCAAACCCGAGGAUAUAGUCCUUAGCUUUUCUCUGUAUUGAAUAUCCACGAGAGGU